AUGGCUAAUGAAUUCAAAAAUAUGCUAUUGGUGAAGUUUAAGCAAGAUGUUGUAGAGGAAGAUGUUCUAAAACAGAUUGAACAACUUGUUAAUGAAAUUGAUCUUAUCAAGUCUUUUGUUUGGGGAAAAGAUACUGAAAGCAAUGAAAUGGUUACACAAGGUUAUACUCAUGCUAUGAUAAUGACAUUCAACAACAAAGAAGAUUAUGAAGCUUGUGUUGUGAAAGAAGUCGAAUUUUCGGCUGUUUUUGUCAAUGUAGUUGAAAAGAUUUUGGUACUGAAUUUCCCUGCUGUUUGUGUCAAAGCUUCUUCUUGAAGAUUCCGAGCAACAUAAAUGUGCCGCCUUUGAUGUUCUUUAAGGCUAUUUGAGGUUUCAUGUGUUUUGAAUGUGUACAUUGUACACAUUUAGUUGUAUCAAUCUCUAUGAAGUGUCUUGCAAUAAUAUUUGAUGAA